CAUUCACGACGAAGACAGCAUGCAUCACAUCACCUUGGGUGACGUUCUCUCACAUUCCAGAGAACUCUUGAGCUCCGCAUCUCCAGUGUUUUCACGGCCGGCCAAUGCCUCGCUUUCGGGCAGCUUCGGAGGCUGGUGUGAAGCUCGAGCUCGAAAGGGCCUUCGUCAUUAGCCCAGGUGCCCCCACCAAGACCCCGCCAGCUCCUCAAACAUUUAGGUAGUCGAAGCUCAACAACACAUUGUUUCUUCAACCUACUUCUGCAUACUUUGAUACCCCUUACACACUUUCCAAUCCUCACUCGCAUACCAAUCCUCAAAAUGGCGCGUCAAUUCUUCAUCGGAGGCAACUUCAAGAUGAACGGCUCUAUCGAGUCCAUCAAGAAGAUUGUGCAGAACCUCAACGACGCCAAGCUCGACUCCAAUGCCGAGGUCGUCAUUGCUCCUCCCGCCCUCUACCUCCUCCUGACCCGCGAGCACCUCCGCAAGGGCAUCGAGGUCGCCGCCCAGAACGUCUACGACAAGCCCAACGGUGCCUUCACUGGUGAGAUCUCCGCCGAGCAGCUCAAGGACAGCGGCAUCACAUGGGCCAUCCUCGGCCACUCGGAGCGCCGCACCAUCCUGCAGGAGGACGACGCUUUCAUUGCCAGCAAGACCAAGGCUGCGCUCGACGGCGGUAUCAGCGUGAUCCUGUGCUGCGGCGAGAGCCUCGAGCAGAGGGAGGCCGGCACCACCGUCGACGUUGUCACCAAGCAGCUCAAGGCUGUCGCGGACAAGGUCAAGGACUGGAGCAAGAUCGUCGUUGCCUACGAGCCCAUCUGGGCCAUCGGCACCGGCAAGGUUGCAACCACGGAGCAGGCUCAGGAGGUCCACGCCGCCAUCCGCGAGUGGCUAAAGAAGGAGGUCUCCUCCGAGGCUGCGGAGAAGACGCGCAUCCUGUACGGCGGCAGCGUCAACGAGAAGAACUGCAGCGAGCUGGCCAAGCAGGCCGACAUUGACGGUUUCCUUGUCGGCGGUGCUUCGCUGAAGCCUGCGUUUGUCGACAUCAUCAACGCCAACUCUGCGUGAAUCCAUGGCAGCGGCGCGCGAUUGUAGUUGGAUAUCAUGAGUAACGC